ACCCAAACAGGGACGGUUCUAAAGAGCGUGUGUGCCGGGAUUCAGGCCCAAGGUCUGGCUUUCGGGGCGCGCGGCUCUCGGGACCCCCAGCGGAGCGGAAACCCCCGUUCUGCCGCCAGGGCAGUCUCCUCGGCCCCGGACCGCCGAGGGUUAAUGCGAAAGACCCACGCCCCCUUUGACGGAGCAGAGCCCACCUCGCUGAAUUUGAAAAGGCGGCCCUGAGAGGCGUGGGCGCCCCCGAGACACUUCCAGCUCGGACCCGGGCUCCGUCCGCUCGCCGGCGCGCUCGUUCGGCUCCCGGUGGGGGCCGCGGGUUUCGUCCCGCCGCCGGUGCGCUCCCAACUGUCCUCCCGCCCGGGGACUCCGGGUCCCCGCGGGCGGGCGGGCGCGCAAGAUGAAGCUGGCUCUCCUCCUGCCCUGGGCGUGCUGCUGCCUAUGCGGGUCGGCGCUGGCCACCGGCUUCCUCUACCCCUUCCCGGCCGCAGCCUUGCAGCAGCACGGCUAUCCCGAGCCGGGCGCCGGUUCCCCCGGCAGUGGCUACGGGAGCCGCCGGCACUGGUGCCAUCACACGGUGACACGGACGGUGUCCUGCCAGGUGCAGAACGGCUCGGAGACAGUGGUCCAACGCGUGUACCAGAGCUGCCGGUGGCCGGGGCCCUGCGCCAACCUCGUGAGUUACAGGACUCUGAUCAGACCCACGUACAGAGUGUCCUACCGCACAGUGACGGCGCUGGAGUGGAAGUGCUGCCCUGGCUUCACCGGGAGCAACUGUGACGAGGAAUGCAUGAACUGUACGCGGCUCAGUGACAUGAGUGAUCGGCUGACCACGCUGGAGGCCAAGGUUCUCCUGCUGGAAGCAGCCGAGCGGACCCCAGGCCCAGACAAUGAUCUGCCGACGCCCCAGAGCCCCCCACCACCCUGGAAUGAGGAUUUCUUCCCUGACGCCAUCCCUCUCGCCCACCCUGGGCCCCAGAGGAGAAGGCCCAUGGGCCCAGCCGGGCCCCCUGGACAGACGGGACCACCCGGGCCUGCAGGCCCCCCAGGCUCCAAAGGUGACCGGGGCCAGGCAGGGGAGAAGGGCCCAGCAGGACCCCCUGGCCUCCUGGGGCCGCCAGGGCCCCGCGGGCUUCCUGGAGAGAUGGGGCGGCCUGGCCCCCCCGGCCCCCCCGGCCCAGCAGGCAGCCCGGGCCUCCCUCCAAACGGCCCCCAAGGCGUCCUCUACUCCUUGCAGCCUCCCACAGGCCCGGACAAUGGAGACAUGCAGCUGGCCUCCGCCGCCGUGGACACGGUGCUGGCGGGCGUUCCGGGGCCCCGGGGCCCCCCCGGCCCUCCAGGUCCCCCUGGACCACAUGGUCCCCCUGGACCCCCAGGCACACCUGGAUCUCAGGGCCUGGCUGCAGAGCACAGCGUGAUGGGGCCGUCUGUAAGUGCGGGGCGCUGUGGAGGGGCCACCCCCAGGGCGAUGGGCUCUGGGGCAGGCCCAGGGCACCAGGGGGAGCCUGGCGGGAAGGCGGAAGAGGAGGACAAAGCCACCGCUGCGGAGGGUGAGGGGGUGCAACAGCUGCGGGAGGCCCUGAAGAUCCUGGCAGAGAGAGUCCUCAUCCUGGAGCACAUGAUUGGCAUUCAUGAUCCCCUGGCCUCCCCCGAGGGGGGCUCCGGCCAGGACGCCGCCCUGAGAGCCAACCUCAAGAUGAAGCGUGGUGGCCCCCCGCCUGAUGGCUCCCUGGCUGCCCUGCUUGGCCCUGAUCCCGGGAAGAGGAGUGCUGGCCGGGCCAGCGACGGGAAGUAAGAGGCCAGCCCUCCAGGACAAGCCCUGACUCCGCAAGGCUCGGGCCCCGAGGCUGGGCUGCCGCCCCCACCUGAAGACACCCCAAGUGGGACUGGUCUCAAGGCCCGGGUGAUGAUUAGGGACACUGGCUCCUGGGGCCUGGGGGCCUUGGGGACAGAUGGCAACUCCAAGGGCAGGGUCCAGAGGGGCCCAGCACCUUUGGCAGAGCCCUGCCCUCCCUGCCCUCCCUACCCCCACUCCCUGCUGGAGACGGGGUCUGGUGGGCUUGGCAUCGGCUGAGAACAGCUCUAAUACCCAUCAUUGCCAAGUGCCUGCGUCGUCUGGGCCUAUCCGAGGAGCUUCCCCACGUUGUCUCAUUUAACCCUUAGGAGGUAGGCUUGGUACCCCCACUUUCCUGGGGGCAGAGGCUUGGAGAGGGUCAAGAACCUUCCCAAGGCCACUAGAUGGCCCUCGAAGGCCGGGGCAGGAUUUGAAUCCAUGCCUCUCAGUUCCCGAACCCAUGAUCUAUCUACUCUGCCAGCUUCCCCUCUUCACAGGGACUCUCAGGCUGGGUGGGCAUCAGGCUGGGCGGCUCCUGAGGCUCCAACCGGGAAGGAGGGCAGGACCCUGCCCAGCACGAGUCUGCAGAGGCCCUGGGCCUCCUUCCUCCCCUCCCCUCCCUCGGUUCGUGGUCUGCUUUGCGGCCUGGGGGUGGUGUGGCCAGGAGGCCCUGAAUCAACCCAUGAUAGUCAUGUGAUUUUGCAGACUGUAAGUCAGGAGCACUGGGGUGCGAGGACCCUCAAACUCAACUGACAUGGCCCUCCGCUGCAUCCCAGGCUCUCUGACCCCACCCCACCCCCAGGGCCUCCCAGCCCUGAGCAGGGAAGGGGGAUUUAAGGGGAACGUGCUCCCUCCAGGGGCCGCCCCGGCAGCCCUGCCCUCUCCCAGGCUCUCUAGGAAUCUGCAGGGUCAGCCAUGUCCAUGUGACACAGCAAGUCCUCUGUCCCUCUGUCCCCAGCUUGAGUCCCAGGCCCUGCUGGGGGGUGAUGCUCCCACCCUGGUGCUGGGGUCCAGCCACGCUCCCCACUAGACACCCAGAGCCCCAGGUCCCCAGAGCAGCUCAGACCACAGCCCUCAGGGCCUCUCAGGCCUCGUCCCCUGUGCCCUAGACUGACCCUGGUGCUCCUCUCUCACUGGGUCAGCGACAGCCAACUCAGACACUCCCAGGUGCUGGCGCCCCACCCCGCGUCUGUGUCUGCCCUCGAGGCUGGAGCCACUUGUCCCCACUGCCCUUGGUGCUCCUGGGAGGGCAUGGCCUGGUCCCUCCGGGCCCUGGUAACCUCUCCCUGCCCUCAAGGCCUAGACUGUCCCUGGUAAGGCAGGGCUGGCCGUGUGGGGAGCCGAGAUGUGACUUCCUGCAGGCCUGUCUUCACGGAGGGGGUGGCCAGGGCUGGCGGGAAGUCUGUAACCCUCCGACAAUAAAGGUGCUCUCCCCACUGUG